GGAGAAUAUAAAAAUCAGAAAAAAGCGAAGACGACAAAAGAAUGACUUUGUCUUAACAAGUUGGUGGAGUCAACACCACUCAUUUGCACUUAAAAAGUCUCUGCUCUGCUAAAGCUUCUUAAUUUCUUUGAUCGAUCGACAUGGCGAACGUUGCGGUGGAAUUUCUGGUGGAGAACUUGAUGCAGCUGCUGAGGGACAAUGCGGAGCUGAUUAUUGGGGUUAAGGAUGAGGCUGAGAGUCUGCUUCAAGAUCUCAACGAAUUCAACGCUUUCCUCAAGCAAGCUUCCAAGUCCCGCAGUGAGAACGAUGUCCAUAAAGAAUUGGUGAAGAAAAUUAAGACUGUCGUCAACUCUGCUGAAGAUGCCAUUGAUAAGUUUGUGAUUGAGGCUAAGCUUCACAAGGACAAAGGUGUUGGCAGGUUUGUGGAUGUUAAGCAUUAUAAAAGAGUGUAUGAUGUAGCAGGGGAGAUUAAAGCUAUUAGAGACAAAGUCAAAGAAAUCCGUCUCAAUAAUUCCCAUGGCCUUCAGGCCCUUCAAGAUGAAGAUCAAUCUGCCAGAUAUGUCGAAGAACGAAAGCCUCCAGUGGUAGAGGAAGAUGAUGUGGUGGGAUUUGAAGAGGAAGCAGAUAAAGUAAUCAACCGUCUUCUUGGAGGAUCAGAUGGUCUAGAAGUUGUUCCAGUUGUUGGAAUGCCUGGUCUCGGCAAAACGACACUAGCAAAUAAGAUUUACAAGCAUCCUAAAAUCGGGUACGAGUUUUUUACUCGCAUUUGGGUUUAUGUUUCUCAAUCAUACAGGAGAAGAGAAUUAUUUCUCAACAUCAUCAGCAAAUUCACUCGAAAUACCAAACAAUACCAUGGUAUGUGUGAGGAGGAUUUAGCUGAUGAAAUACAAGAUUUUUUGGGCAAGGGAGGAAAAUACUUGAUUGUCUUGGAUGAUGUAUGGUCUCCUGACGCUUGGGAACGUAUCAGAAUAGCUUUCCCAAACAACAACAACAAAUCCAAUAGAAUAUUGUUGACCACUCGAGACAGCAAAGUUGCUAAGCAAUGCAAGCAGUGCAUUGGUAUACCUCAUGAUUUAAAAUUUCUGACUGAAGAUGAAAGUUGGAUUUUACUGGAGAAGAAAGUUUUCCAUAAAGAUAAAUGUCCUCCUGAAUUGGAACUAUCUGGAAAGAGCAUAGCCAAAAAAUGUAAUGGACUACCCCUUGCGAUUGUUGUUAUUGCAGGAGCACUAAUUGGGAAAGGUAAGACAUCAAGAGAGUGGAAACAAGUGGAUCAGAGUGUGGGUGAACACCUUAUAAAUAAAGACCAGCUUGAGAAUUGUAACAAAUUGGUGCAAAUGAGUUAUGAUCGCUUGCCUUACGACUUGAAAGCAUGUUUUUUAUAUUGUGGUGCAUUUCCCGGAGGCUUUGAGAUCCCUGCUUGGAAGUUAAUCCGUUUGUGGAUCGCAGAAGGGUUCAUACAGUAUAAAGGCCACUUAUCCCUUGAGUGUAAAGCAGAGGAUAACUUGAAUGAUCUCAUCAACAGGAAUCUAGUGAUGGUAAUGCAAAGAACAUCUGAUGGUCAAAUCAAAACACGUCGUCUUCAUGACAUGUUGCACGAGUUUUGCAGACAAGAGGCGAUGAAGGAAGAAAAUCUUUUCCAAGAAAUAAAACUAGGUGCUGAGCAAUAUUUCCCAGGAAAACGGGAACUAGCCACCUACCGUCGCUUAUGCAUUCAUUCCUCAGUUUUGGAAUUUAUCUCUACAAAACCCUCAGGUGAACAUGUCAGGUCAUUCUUAUCUUUUUCUUUAAAAAAGAUUGAGAUGCCAUCUGUCGACAUCCCAACCAUACCAAAAGGCUUUCCGUUGCUGAGGGUUUUUGAUGUCGAGUCCAUCAACUUCAGUCGCUUCUCCAAGGAGUUUUUCCAGUUAUAUCAUUUGAGGUAUAUUGCUUUCUCAUCUGACACAAUCAAGAUCAUUCCUAAACACAUUGGAGAACUGUGGAACAUCCAAACCCUCAUAAUUAACACGCAACAACGUUCUCUUGAUAUCCAAGCAAACAUAUGGAAUAUGGCACGACUAAGGCAUCUGCACACUAACUCUUCUGCCAAAUUGCCUGUUCCUGUGACCCCAAGAAGUAGUAAAGUUCCUUUGGUAAAUCAAAGCCUGCAAACUCUCUCCACCAUUGCUCCCGAAAGCUGCACAGAAGAAGUGUUUGCAAGGACUCCAAACCUGAAAAAGCUGGGCAUCCGUGGGAAAAUAGCUGUGCUUCUUGAGCCUAAUAAGUCAUUGUUAAAAAAUGUGAAGAAGCUAGAAUACCUUGAAAACUUGAAGCUGAUAAAUGAUAGUAGUCAAACAGGAAAAGGGUUACGCCUUCCACCCUCAUAUAUAUUUCCCACGAAGUUGAGGAAGCUAUCUUUAGUAGAUACCUGGCUGGAGUGGAAUGAUAUGUCUAUAUUGGGGCAGUUGGAACACCUUGAAGUCCUGAAGCUGAUAGAAAAUGGGUUUAUGGGAGAAUGCUGGGAGUCAGUUGGAGGUUUUUGUUCCCUACUGGUGUUGUGGAUUGAAAGGACAGACUUAGUUUCUUGGAAAGCAUCAGCUGAUCACUUUCCAAGACUUAAGCAUCUUGUUCUCAUCUGCUGCGAUAAGCUUAAGGAAAUCCCCAUUGGCCUGGCUGAUAUACGCAGCUUCCAAGUGAUGGAGUUGCAAAACUCCACCAAAACAGCAGCAAUAUCUGCACGGGAUAUACGAGCCAAAAAAGACAAGCAAACUCAAAAAGGGACUAAUAACAACAAUGGGUUCAAGCUCUCUAUAUUCCCUCCCGAUCUCUGAUUGCAACUGGAUGUGCAGCUUCCUUGAGAGGUCUUCAAUGAAUCAAACUGUAUGAUGCUGGUAUUGUACCAUGGAUAAGAAACUUCUACUAGGUGUUAUAAUAAUUCUUGAAUAGUUGUCUGUCCCCAACUUGUUUGGGAUUGAAGUGUCGUUGUUGUUGUUCAGUCGUCGUCUGUCUUUCAUGCAUUUCAUGUGUUGUCUUCUUGAUUGUGGUCAUAGCUUUGAGCUGAAAUAUUGUAUGUUUUGUAUUUGUGAUAUGUUAAUCCAUAAGGACAGUGUACUUUGCACUUACAAUAACAAUUGGUUGAUUUGCGUA